CCCGGGAAACCUAACAGCAGGCAGUAGCGGGCCUCAGACCCGGGCCAGCGGGUCGAACAUGGACAGCCACAACGAGGACACCGAGGGCGAAGGCCGAGCCGAGGAAGGCCUGACCAGGAAGAUCUCGGUUCCGCCCGAGAUCAAGGUUGGCUCCGAACCUCUGACUCCGGCCGACCCUGCGGAGCCAGAGCCGGAGACUCAGCCGGAGACUCAGCCGGAGACUCAGCCGGUGACAGACAGCUCAAAAGCGGAGGCUUCGGAGGGGAGCGGUUACGCGCUUGUUGAGGUCUCGGAAAGUCCGGGGGCCGCUGAAGCCGCGGGCGAGGCAGUAGAGGCCGGGAGCGAGGCCGUGUCCCGAGAGCCAGAGAGUGUGCCAGAGACCCAGCCCAAGACCGAGCCGGAGUCCAAGGAACCAGAGGACAAAGACGAGGACGAGGACGAGGACGAAGACGAGGACGACGAGGAUGAGGAUGAGGAUGAGGACGAGGAUCCCGACAGAUCGGAGAAGCAGAAGAGCAAGGGAAAGAGGGAGAAGAAGAAGGACUCAUGGUUCCGACCCUCUCUACCGCUGACCACGAUUGUUGAGGAGGCGGCUGCUCCAGCCCCACGAGCUGCGAAAGAGAAAGCAAAGGGGUCACAGAAGAAGAGAGACAGUGAAGAGAUUGAAGUGAUAGGUCGAGAACAACGCAAGAAAAGCUCAGAAGAGCAACUUCACCCUGAAGAGGAGAAGGAAGAGGAGGCAGAGAAAAGGGCGGACACUGAUGAGUUUGAGUGGUCGGAGGAUGUGCGGAAGCUGCAAGAGCAGCAGCUGCGCGGUGAGCUGGUGGAACAGUACCACUCCCUGCUGGUGGAGCGGAGCCGUUAUCAGCGCUAUAACAUGUACCUACAGCAGAAGAUUCAGGAGACUCUACGCAAGAAGGGUCUGGAAGCAGCAACGGAACCUGCUGACAGGAGCGCUGAACCAGAAUCUCCCGAGAAAGAGCAAGCAUACUUGCGCUACCUGGCCAUGCUGGAGGAACUGAAGAAACAAGAGGCAGAUGACUUAGAGUGGUACCGUCAGGAGGUGCGUGAGCUGAAGCAGCAGUGCCAGGAGAAGCAGGCCAAGGUGGAGAAAGAGUGGCGGCGCUUCCAGGCCCUCAAGAAACAGGUGGUGUUGCAGGCCAUGGGCAGUUGCCGCAUGCGCGGUGGGCGCCAGGCUGCUCUGAGAGAAGUGGAACAGAUUCAGGCUCUGGAGGAUAAAAAGGAGAAGGAGAUGAGCGCCGUGCGUCUCGAGAACGUGCAGCUGAAGCAGAGCCUGGUACACUUUGAAACCAGGAUGAAGGCCCAGGAGGACUUGGCUGAGGGGCUGCUCCUCAUCGACUUUGAACAGCUCAAAAUUGAGAACCAGACCUUCAACGAGAAAGUAGAGGAACGAAACGAGGAACUUUUAAAACUGCGCACUAAGGUGACCAGCAACGUGCAGAUUAUAACACACGUGAAGGAGAAGCUGUCUUUCAUAGAUACGGAGAACUCAUGCAAAAAGGCACAACUUUCGGAAGUGGAUUCCCAGGUGGCCCUAGGAAGAGACCUAUUGACGAAGACAAAACAAGCCCGAGACAGCCUGCGAACCGACAACGUCAAGCUGAGUCAGAAAUGUGGGCUUCUGGGUAAGGAAUCACUCCUCCGAGAUUUGGAAGAAAAGGUGGAGAAGACAGAAAUGCUCAAUAGGCGCCUGGAAUCGCUAAAGCGCCAUCACGCCGGGCUUGCCUUGUCCUGCAAAGGGGUGAAGCAAAAGAUCAGGGAAGCCAAAACGUUCCUCCCCUCUUGACAGUCCUUGACAGGACAGUUGGCAAAACUUCUGCUACUCCAGAAACUGCCCCUUACUCUCUUCUGCCUCUGAUUGUCAUUCUGUGGAACUUGGGAUGUAACUUAGUUUUGGUCUGCUUUCCAGCUUUCAAAUUCCUACUAAACACAUCCAGCUAGCAGUAGUUCUACAUGAGGUUAAGUAAAAUAUAUCUAGAGAGUGGGAUGAUUAAAAUCGACUUCUGAUGAAAAGCCUUUAUAGCCAAGCAGCCCCAUAGUCUAAAGGAGUGUUAGAACUGUUUUUUGCCUGUGUCUAAGGAUGGCUUAAAGGUUCAACGAGUGGGCAAGGUACAGAAAAUCCCUAUACACUGAUCUGAUGACUCAGUCAUCUUUGUAUUAAUUAAACUUAAGAGUAUUGAAUCACUGUCUCGAUUAGCUCAAACUCCCGUCUCUCUGUGUGUAGGUGUAUGUGGGCAUAUGAAGGCCUGAAGAACAUACGGGCAUCUCCUGUACUCCACCUUGAUUUUUUUAUCCAGACAGGGUCUCUUACUCAACUCUCAACUGGGAGUUUGCAGUUUGGGCUGUCCAUCUAGCAUGAUGAUCUUGGGAUCUGCUUGUCUCUGUUCCCCAACACUGGGGUGUUAUACAGGCAUUCGAAGUCAAGUCUGGAUUUUUUAUGUGGAUGCUGGGGAUUUGGAUUCAGAUCCUCACGCUUUUAAAACAAGCACUCUUACUCUCUGAGCCAUAACCUGCAACAGCAAUCUGACUGUUGACACUGCAUAACCCUGCUUCCUUCAGAUGACAUGACAUACUUUUGUUUCCUGAAAUAUAUUGGCUUUGAAGACAAUGGCGGUUAAAAGUCCCUUUUCUGACUUCCAUGGCUUGAAUACAUUUUAUAUCACGCCAUGCAAAUGCAUUACUGAGAAUAGUUCAAAAAGCUGACUUCUUCCAUUCCCCCUCACUUAGUUGCUAGUUUUGGUUUUUCCUCUACCCUAUCCUUCAAGGUCAAAGCAGUUGUCUUUGUGCCUCCAACUAAGAGCAGAGGGACUCACAGUGUUAUGUGGCUGGGAUACUCCCAAAGGAAACUGUCAGUGGUACCAGAGGCAUUUUCAUUGGGAUGGUGUUCUACAGAGUUUUGAUUCAUUCAGCUGAUUCUGAACCAUCUGCUACCCAACUGAAUGCUUUGUCCUGAACACUGAACAUGGUGAGCAGUGGAUCAUGUAGGGUUAGCACCAAGGUUAGCAUGCCUUACGUUGCAAAUGUAUCCUCUGUAACUAUAAGUCCCCAGUGAGCCCUUGACCACAGCCCCUCAUGCUGGAGGCAUUGCAAUUAAUUACAAGACACUCUUCAUUUGAUUAUCUCCCCAUUAGUCUUGUUUUAAUUAGAUCUUGGAUGAGUGCUUGAUCAUGAGAUCUCAUCAAGUAGUUUAGGACCUGGAAACAAAUGUAGGUACUGAAGACAUUCUGCCUGAUAUUUUAAGUCUUAUGAAUGAGAAGUACUUCCUUCAAUAUCAAAGGAGGGUCUAUAACUCAGCCACCUACUCAGAGACAGCCCAAGAUAGUGGAAAAGGAAACUUUAUUUUGGUGAUAUAAGUAGAAAUAGGUUUGUGUAAGUUCAUCUGCAGCUAUAAUGUAGGGUUUUGCCAAUGGUAUGAGCUAUUUGUCCAUAAAGUAUCAGUCAAUGCCUUCCAGCCCAGCUCACAUAUUUAACUUCAGAAGGUUCCAGAGUGCAAGUGAAAGGAAAGCACCUCAGAGUUGUGCAGUGACCAGUCUGUCUCCCUCUCAAAAUAUCCUUAUUUUUACCUAAUAAUAAAGUAUGUGCAUUAUUUUAAUAAAAAUUGAA